AUGUCUGAGAAUGCUAGGGUUUCUAUAUCUGGGUUACCGCAAUACUCAUCAUGGAAGGCCACUGUUAAGAAUAACCAAAGAAAGUGGUCUCACCGUCGGCUUGCAGAUGGAACCAAUUUGGUGGCUCAUUCUCCAACUAAACCUGAGUACGCAUUUGAUUUUUUCAUACUCAAUUUUACUGUAUCUUAUAUCGCCGAAGAAUUUAAAUUGCCGCCUUCAACAAUCACUGCAAGUAUUACGGUAACGUUAAUGUUACGUCCACUUGGUGCUGCGAUUUUUGGUCUUUUAGCAGAUCGUUAUGGCAGAAGAUAUCCUUUGAUUCUUGAUAUAAUUUUAUAUAGUCUGAUGGAAUUAUUAUCAGGAUUUGCUCCAAAUUUUACAAUUUUCAUGGUCUUUAGAGCAAUUUUUGGAAUCGCAAUGGGUGGUGAGUGGGGUUUAGGCGCUGCUAUGGCAAUGGAAACUUUACCACCUGAAACUCGUGGUAUAUUUUCUGGUAUUUUGCAGCAAGGAUAUGCAUUUGGAUAUCUUUUAGCAUCAGUUGUGUAUUAUUUUGUAAUAGAUAGUCUAGGUUGGAGAGCGCUGUUUUGGAUAGGUUCAUUUCCUGCUUUGCUAGUAAUAUUCAUAAGAUUUUUUGUGCCAGAAUCGCCAGUAUGGAAAUCACGACACGAAAAAAAUAAUCAUUCUUCUUCCUCUAAUCGUCGUGGUAGUGGUACUAAAUUAUGGUUAGCAGAUAUUAAACUAGUAUUGAAAAAUCAUUGGAAAAGAUUUAUUUAUACCAUAUUGUUAAUGACUGGUUUUGGAACCCAGGAUUUAUAUCCAACAUUUCUUCGACUUCAACUUGGAUUUACGUCAAUUCAAAUCACAACAACAUUAAUUAUAGCAAACGUUGGCGCAAUAAUCGGAGGAAUGUCUUGUGGAUAUUUUUCAGAAUAUUUAGGCCGUAGACGUACCAUCAUAAUUUCAGUAUUUUUAGCUGGAUGUUUUGUACCUUUAUAUGUACUUUCUAGGAAUCAAAUUUUGAUAUCUAUUGGCGCGUUUUUAUUGUAUUUUUUUGUGCAGGGAUCAUUUGGUGUGGUUCCUGUUCAUUUGAAUGAACUAUCGCCACCAAAUCUUCGUGGCACAUUUCCAGGAUUAACAUAUCAAAUUGGCACUUUGGUAUCAUCCUCUUCAGCGCAAAUAGAAGCAACAUUAGGUGAAAAAUUUAGACUUGAUAAUGGUGUGCCGAAUUAUGGUUUGAUUAUAGGUAUAUUAUCAGGUGCUUGCAUGUCUUUAUUAAUUUUGAUGGCUUUGAUUGGCAAAGAAGCUAAAGGGGUUGAUUUUAUGUCUCAAGAUGAGGAUGUUGAUAUUGACAUCGAUAGAAACCAAUUGGAAAAACAAAAUCAAGUGCGAGAACUAUAA